AGAUUGUCACUCAGUUGUCACAGAUUUGUCGAUGACACUACGUCACUACGACAGUAUACAUAACCUAAAAUUCAGUUUUAAACUUUGAAAUACGAACUCAAGAGUGGUCAGAGGAUGAUAGGUUCUUCGUUUUAAAUAAGACGAAAUACUAGUAACAAACAUGUAUAAAAGAUUUUUACCAUAUCUUUGUGAUGCAGUGAAUGGUAGAAGCUAUUCCAUUCUACAAAUUACAAACAGUUACAAGAUUGUCCAAGCAAACAACAAUCAUGACCCAUUGCAACAUCACAAUUUGUUGUUCAACAUAAUUUCUCUGAAGUACACUUCUUGCAUAACACAAGAUAGCUUAACAGCAUCCUAUGAAGAAAUAAAGAAAUUGGGAAAGCAGCCUUCCAAGGAUGUCUAUAUUAUUGAUGUAAGAGAACCUACUGAACUUCAAGAGACUGGUACUAUUCCUAGCAGUUUGAACAUUCCAUUGGGUGAAGUAGAAACUGCCUUGAAAGAACUAUCUGCCAAACAAUUCCUGGAUAAAUAUGGGAGAGAAAAGCCCGACAAACAAUGUACAAUCAUAUAUUCAUGUAAGACAGGCCGUAGAAGUGGCAAAGCCCAAGAAAUAUCGCAGCAGUUAGGCUACAAAAAAGUUAAAAACUUUGUUGGAGGUUGGACAGAAUGGGAAGAAAGAAAUAAAUCAUAAAUGCAGCAUGUAUGCUAUAUGUAUAAAGAAAAAACACCACAUUAAUAUGUGAACUACAGCAAGCUUUAGAAAAACUUUCGGAACAAGAAUUUCUGGAUAGAUAUGGAAGGAACAAGCCUGACAAGCAGUCCUCGACAAUCAUAUAUUCAUGUCUGUCUGGCCGUAGAAGUAAACAAGCCGUAGAGAUAACAAAGCAGUUAGGUUACCAAAAUGUUAAAAGCUUUUCUGGAGGUUGGAGUGAAUGGGAGAAAAAAUCAACAGCUGAGCCCCAAUGACGUACUUACUAGUAUCAAGUCAGACAUGUACAUUGUUAUAUAUAUAUAUAUAUAUAUUACUUUGGGCAUACAUAUAAUGUGAGCACAUAUCGAAUGGGAAUAUAACUAUUUUAUGAAC